UCAAAUUUCGCCUUUCAAGGGUGUGUGUAGCUGUGUAAGCAGUAUAUCUGGUCGUUGCUCUAUUAGUUUCUAGCCUAAUUUUCCGAAGCUGAAGCUUCCCCAAUUAGUACUUGUCCUCUGAAGUGAAUUUGUGGUUAUUUCAUUCCCAAGAACCGGAGUAUUUAAAAGGUGCGUAGUUUCUUUCACGAGUUGGUCGGAUUACGCUUCAUGCCUAGAUAAGUCGCUAAGCCUUCCGGAGUGGUAGAUAAGAGGCACACCCAUGUCUGUGGAUAAAGAAGAAUUGGUUCAAAGGGCCAAGCUUGCCGAGCAAGCUGAGCGCUACGAUGACAUGGCCACCGCCAUGAAGAGCGUCACUGAAACGGGGGUCGAGCUUUCCAAUGAAGAAAGGAAUCUUCUUUCAGUAGCGUACAAGAACGUUGUAGGAGCACGUCGUUCAUCUUGGCGAGUGAUUUCUUCAAUCGAACAAAAAACAGAAGGCUCCGAAAGGAAACAGCAAAUGGCCAAAGAGUACAGAGAAAAAGUUGAAAAGGAGUUGCGAGACAUCUGUAAUGACGUUUUGGCUUUGUUGGACAAGUUCCUUAUCCCUAAGGCGAGCAACCCAGAAAGUAAAGUUUUCUAUCUCAAAAUGAAGGGUGAUUACUAUAGGUACCUCGCUGAAGUUGCCACAGGAGAUACCCGAAGCGGGGUUGUGGAAGAUUCUCAGAAGGCAUACCAAGACGCAUUGGAAAUCAGUCAGUCCAAGAUGCAGCCAACACAUCCAAUUAGACUGGGCUUAGCUCUUAACUUCUCCGUGUUUUACUAUGAAAUCCUCAAUUCACCGGAUAAAGCCUGUCAGUUAGCGAAACAGGCGUUCGAUGAUGCAAUAGCAGAACUGGACACAUUAAAUGAAGAUAGCUACAAAGACUCAACGCUAAUCAUGCAGCUUCUACGAGACAAUCUGACACUGUGGACGUCAGAUAACCAAGGAGAUGGAGACGAGCCUCAAAACCAGGGAGAUAACUAGGUGUCGUAACUGUCGCAAUAUCCGUGUUUCUGCCAACUCAGUUCCCUCUAUACCUUUUCUCGUCCUGCCUCAAUGCCCAUCAGCGUCCAACUGCAAAAGUCGCUGUCUCGAUUUCACCGCUGCUAUUUUCUCACUGAACAUUUGGUCAAGGUUUAGAGUGCAGUUGCCAUAACAAUCACACGGUGUCCAAGUAUCUUAUGUUUUAAGUAGAUGUACUCGUUUUCUUUUCGUGGCAAGCUUCAGACUUCUCCUAAGUGUUACGCUCUAAUGACAGUUAAUGGAUUUGUAUUUUAUGUUUUGUUCUCUUUGGAAGAUUUUAUGUCUCGGAGUUUUUCUUUUCGUUAUGCGUUGGAUAAUUCACUUAACUUAUUAUAUGUGCAUUCGAGAUAAAUAUAUGUAUGGAACUGUGUAAUCCCAACCGGACAAAUUCUUUUUUUUUUUUUUUUUUUUUUUUUUAUUCCCCCUGAAUGAUACCUUGAUUUCCUGUCCGUCUCUCCGAGAUCUCUAUGCCCUCUCAUUUCGUUUCAUUUCACUGAAUCUUAUUUAUGGCUCACUUCAUGUUAAUCUCCUCUUUUUCAACACUAUUUAGAAAUAAAUAUUUUUAUUAUGUGGGA